AUGUUGAUCAGACUGCAAAAGUAUGAUGUGAAGAUGAUCUAUACCCCGGGAAAGUUCAUGUUCACCGCCGACAAGAAAGAGAGUUUUGACACACAGAAAAACACUGAGAUUCAGGCCUACGUUGACAUGAUCGUAGCAUCACUUCCUGCAUCUUCUGAUAGAGUGGAGCAGAUGAAAAGAGAGACCGCAGCUGACCAAACAAUGCCAAAGCAGCAAGCAGAGCAGCUAAUGCCUCCUCCAGCACACACCAGACCCUACUACAAAGUUGGAGUUGACCUUUUUGACUGCAAUGGCAAAAGUCACAUUGUUGUUAUAGACUACUACUCAAACUACCCUGAAGUAGCAACACUACCAACUACCUCCAGCAAAGCUGUAAUCACCUACCUGACAUCAGUCUUUGCAAGACAUGGGGUUACAUCUGAACUGUACUCGGACAAUGGCCUGCAGUUCUCAAGUUCCGAAUUCCGAUCGUUCACUAACGACUGGGGAUUCCAACACAACACCUCCAGCCCCAACUACCCAAGGUCCAACGGCUUAGCAGAGAGUUUAGUCAAAAUUGUCAAAGGUCUGAUGAAAAAGGCACACGAUGGAAAGGAGGAUUUCCUAAAAAAUCUGAUGAUCUACCGCAGCGCACCGCUGCAGAACGGACUUUCACCUGCACAAAUGUUGAUGGGACGUCGCAUCAGAACCAACCUACCCAUCCAUGAGGACUUGUUAACACCCAGAGGUACCUUGCCGGGACUGAAGACCACAGAGGAAAGCAUUGGUAGUCUUUCCAAACCCAGUAAUGUCAUCAUUCACCUUAGAAAACAGAAAUACAACGCUGACUAUGACCUCUCAGCCAAGGAAGGGGCAGACACUCUAGCCUUUGUGUCACUACUGGAGGAGAAACUGCUCCCUGCAUUGGUGUUUACUCUUUGGGUCCUAUUAACAAAUUGGGAACAGUGGACGUGGCGCUGGAACACCGAGAACAUCACCUUCCCACUCAACUUCCUGCUGCCCAACCGCAUUCACAACCAGCAACUGGAGAGGCUGAGGCUGGUGAGGGGAGACCCCACACUGGAGCCCGGGGAUCAGCUGGAGAAAGAGCUUUACCAAGACGUGCUGGAGUGCAUGACCCUGCUCUCUCACUGCCUGGGCUUACACAAGGUCUUCUUCAGGGAUUCCCCAUCCUCUUUGGAUGCCUAUGUGUUCGGUCACCUCGCCCCCCUGCUGAAGGUGAAGUUGCCUAAUGGGAAACUCCUCCAACACCUCAACUCCCAGGACAACCUGCGGCACUACUGCACCAACGGCCUGGUCCUCUAUUUCCCCUCAGAGGGCGGAGGUAAGUUCCCUGGAGUGUCAGUCCAUUUGGACGAUAGUGACUUUGACAACGAGCCCCAUAAACAACGCAACCAAAUCCUGUCGUUCCUGUUCGCCAUGGGCUCGAUGCUGGGCAUUUUUAUGGGGAUCGCCAGCAUCCAGCACGUCUGACCGCAGGCAGCGCUAGUGGGACCCCACCACAUCAAGGAGGAGGAAGAGAAAUGAGCAGGACUGGCUCUGUAUAGGACUAGGAACAAGGAGACAUUGUGAAGGGAAAAUGGACGU